UUUAAUAAAUAAUAAAAAAUUAAACCAAAACCAAAGGUUCACUCUUCCACAUAUCUGUCUCACUCUACAUAUAUAUAUAAACAAGCACCCCCUACUCAAAGAUCAACCAAAUUAAAUACCAAGAAAGGCUAUUUAUAUAUAUAGUACAAGAUAGAGAUGAAGAUUUGGGCAUUGACAAUUGUGUCCCUGCUGUUGUUGACCAUAGAAGGAGGGUCAGCAGAGCAAUGUGGAAGACAAGCUGGGGGUGCUCUGUGCCCAGGGGGGCUGUGCUGCAGCGAAUUUGGGUGGUGUGGCGACACAUCCGAAUACUGCAACGAUAAAUGCCAAAGCCAAUGCGGAUCAAGUCCUGGGGGUGGGGGCCUUGGUGGUCUAAUUUCAAGGGCCACUUUUGAUAAUAUGCUUAAGCAUCGUAACGAUGGUGCUUGUCCUGCUAGAAACUUUUACACUUACGACGCUUUCAUCUCUGCUGCUAAAGCUUUUCCUGGCUUCGGCACCACUGGUGAUGAUGCAACUAAGAAAAGGGAGAUCGCUGCUUUCUUAGCCCAAACUUCCCACGAAACUACAGGUGGAUGGCCAACGGCACCAGAUGGCCCACAUUCUUGGGGAUACUGCUUCGUGAGGGAGCGAAAUCCACCAAGCGAUUACUGUAGAUCUGACGCUACUUACCCUUGUGCUCCCGGAAGGCAAUACUAUGGCCGUGGUCCAAUGCAACUUUCAUGGAACUACAACUACGGACAAUGUGGAAGAGCCAUUGGAGUGGACCUACUCAACAAUCCAGACCUUGUAGCUACGGACCCUGUAAUUUCUUUCAAGGCAGCAAUCUGGUUCUGGAUGACCCCACAGUCACCGAAGCCAUCCUGCCAUGACGUCAUCACCGGGAGAUGGAAUCCCUCCGGGGCUGAUCAGGCCGCCGGUAGAGUCCCCGGUUACGGUGUGACGACGAACAUCAUCAACGGCGGGCUUGAGUGCGGGAAAGGCCGGAACGAUCAGGUGGAAGACCGAAUUGGGUUCUUUAAGAGGUACUGUGAUAUAUUCCGGAUUGGGUACGGAAAUAAUUUGGACUGUUACAACCAAAGGCCUUGGGGAAAUGGACUCUUCCAGCUGGAUGCGGUCAUGUAAUUAAUACGACUUGUCGUAAUAAUAUGAGAGGAAAACUUUUCUUGUCAAUUGUGGGUUAAUUAGCUUCCCUUGCGUAUAAUCUCACUGUCGUUUUGGUUAUAUAUUUAUAUAUAUAUGAUCAUCAUGCAUAUGUUGUAAUCUUUUGUAUGGUGCUUCUGUGCAUGCGUAGAAUAAUGACUGAGUUUUCCUUAAUAAACAAAGAUUAAUGUCGAAAUUAGAUCAUUAAUUAUCA